AUGAAAGGGGUGGAGAUGGAGCGGAAAAAUCAGGUCCGGCAAAGCGAGAUGCGCGACAUCCGGGCUUUGGGUGUCUGUGUGGAGACGGACGAUGCUUUCAUACUUUUUCACGUCAAGCCGCCAUACGAAGGGAUCGUCUUUUCAUCCAUCAGACACUAUCGACUCGAUCUUUCGCUAGGACGUGCUGCACAAGCUCGCACCCGAACGAUUGAUUCGAUCCGCGCUUAA